GAAAAAAAAAAAGAAACAAAACAAAGCCUAGCAAGGGAAACCGUUCUCCUGUCGGCUCCCACGAGAACCUGUGCCUUGCUCUCCGGAACAGCCGUAAAAUUGCAGGGAAAACAAAGCUGGGAGUGUUCACUCUCCCUCCACAAGUAUGGCAACAUCUGCGCAAUACAGACAGCUUAUAAAUGACUACGGACCCCCAUCUCUAGGCUAUACACAAGGGAUGCAGGGUACCAGCAGCAGUCAAGUACCGCAAAGUAAAUAUGCAGAACUUCUAGCUAUUAUAGAAGAAUUAGGAAAAGAGAUUAGACCCACCUACGCUGGGAGUAAAAGUGCGAUGGAGAGGCUAAAAAGAGGCAUUAUUCAUGCUAGAGGAUUAGUUCGGGAAUGCUUGGCUGAGACGGAACGAAAUGCAAGAUCCUAGCCCACUAAUUCAGUUGCAAGAUUUUCCAUCUCUUAAUGAAGAAAAAGUAACACUUAUUCCUUUUGACUCUUGAAACAUUCAGACAAAUUCCUUUACUUCAAAUGUUUUACCCUUCUUUUUUUGCCCUUACAAAAAAUGUAUAGUUAAGAAAGAAAACAAGGAUUUUUCAACUUACUGCGGGUUUGCAUUUUGUAACGACGUUAAAACUCCCUAAAAUGUUUCUAAAACAUGAAAACUGAACUGCAUGCAGAGGAAUGCUCUUUCCCCCCCAGGCUAUAUUUCAGUUCUCUUCUUAUCCAGCCACAGUCGCAUUCUGUUUUUUUUUUUUUCCUUUGACUAUAUUAACUUAACCCCAAACUGUCAAUCUUUCAAAGUUUGACAUAAGGUCUAAGGAUUUUUUUUAAUAAAUGCAGAAUAGCAUGGUGUACCUAGUAGUCUGCUAAGUCACAGUUUGUCAUACAGCAUAGACCCUGCUUAGAGAUAACCUUCUCCUUAUUUUUCCUUUUUUGUUCGUUUUGCAUAAACAUUUGCAUGACUGUUAGUGCUCUGAAGUCCAUUUAAAGUGCAUGAGUUAUAGGGAAACCUAUUAAAUAAUAACAAGGUCCUGGAAAGCUAAUUUCUACAUUAAGGCUGGAGAUUUCAGUUUAAAGUUUGCAAAAAAAAAAAAAUCUGGAUAAAUUACUAAAACUGUUAUUUGCAUCUUUGUAUGUAUUUAUUACUUGACGUAAUAAAGCUUAUUUUCAUUAACAGUUUGUAUUAAAA